ACCCAAUCAGCUGCCAAUUCUUUCCAAAACGGUCUGUGUUCGGAAUAAAAACAACACAGCAAAUCAAUAGCAACACAAAUUUACGCCGGAAUGGCCUCACGGAUGAUUCUCUCACCCGCACGCCGGCUGGCGAACGUGGCCAGUUCGCGGUCCAUCAGCACACAGGUUUUGGCUGCCCGGUGCGCCACCAUUAAGGACGAAAUUACACACACUGGCCAGUACUUCGAAGCCAACGACUACCGAAAUGUACGUUUCGUCAAUGCUACCAAGGUGGUAAACCCGAACUGGGCCAUCAAGCUGAUCGAUGAGGCACCGAUUGUGAAGUCGGAGCAGCGUGUGGUAUGCUGUGACGGUGGAACUGAUCCUGCACUAGGCCAUCCCAAAGUCUACAUUAAUUUGGACAAACCCGGUGCUCAUGCCUGUGGAUAUUGUGGGCAGCGUUUUGAGAAGAUCGAUCAUCACCACUAAGAUUUGCUGUCCUGUUUGAUGGUU